CACUUCCACACACUCUCUGACACGCUUCCUCUCUGUCCUUCUUCUCUCAGCCUCCACAUACCAGGAACUGGUUCCGUUCUGGACUCUGGGAAUGGCCCCUAAAAGAGAACCGUCCAUUAAGAAGUCACCAUCGCCAGUGGCACAGCAGCCCAGACUGGGGCCUCCAUUCCCUUGCCUGCCCUCAGCUAACCCAGCCCAGCCAAGGUCAACUCCGGAGCAGAAACCCAGGAUGCUGCGACCCUCUGACUCUCCUUUUGACCCCAGCACCAUGGAGAUUGAGUUUAACCUGGAUCAGAUACACGAGUUUAAGGAGGCCUUCCUCCUCUUCGACCGGACAGGUGAUGGGAAGAUCAGCUAUAGUCAGUGUGGUGAUGUCAUGAGGGCAUUGGGACAGAACCCCGUCAAUGCCGAGGUCCUAAAGGUUUUGGGCAACCCCAAGGCUGAAGAGAUGAACCACAAGAUGCUUGACUUUGAGCAGUUUCUGCCUAUGCUGCAAGCCAUAGCUAAGAAUAAGGACCAGGGCUCCUUUGAGGAUUUCGUUGAGGGACUGCGUGUCUUCGAUAAGGAGGGCAACGGAACCGUAAUGGGGGCAGAGCUACGUCAUGUCCUGACCACGCUGGGGGAGAAGAUGACAGAGGAGGAGGUAGAGACACUUCUUGCCGGACACGAGGAUGCUAAUGGAUGUAUCAACUAUGAAGAGCUCGUCCGGAUGGUCAUGAGCGGAUGAAGAUUAAGAACAAUCCUUCCUCGUCUCUGUUUGAUUUAACCUGUUUAUUUGUAAGAUGUUUACUCUCCAUUUGGCAACUGGCUUCCAACCUGUUCCUUAAUCUUAUUGUAUUCUUGAAAUGUCUUUUAUUUUAAAAAGUGCCUUUAUAUUCAGUCCAUUAUGACCCCCAGAUAUUUUGACCUGGUGUUAACUGCAAUAACAUUCCAUGUUCCAGCACUUCAUGUCAACCUAGCCUGUGUCCCUGACUGUUUGUGCUCUCUUGGGACCAGGCUAAUUAAUACCUGUGCAUGCACAAUGAUUAUCUUCAUUCCAAUACAUCCACAGGCUGGUCUCUCAGUAGGGAAGGAAUGUAUUGUUAUGGUGGCUCAUGUCCUGAUACAUAUAUGCACGUGUGUGUGUGUGUGUGUGUGUGUGUGUAUAAUUUUAUACACACAUGCCAGGUUUGUUUCAGCUUUUCUUGGCAUGACAAUGGCAACCAAAAACAACAGGCUGGCUUGACCUUGCUUUUCCUGGGAUGUCUCCAUUCCUAUUGGUUCCAAGAGAUAUGCAGUUCGCUAUUUAACCAACAUAAGAAGCCAUACAAUCAUGACACUGUAGAAAAAUUAUUCACAGUUCUGGGGAUUUUUGUUUUAUUUGUUGCACCAUUCAAAUAAAUACUUUCCGACAACUGAAAGUUAUCUUUUAAUAA